GAACUCCCAGCCCACUCGGGUUCACAGACAGCAGGCAGAGCUUUCAAUCGCGCCGGAGAACUAGAAAGCAGUUCUAGCUCUCAAACUUUCCUGCCAAGAGGAGUUUCUGAUCUCGUGGAGUAAUCCCUUUGAGAUAAAGGGCAGAAAAGAGCCGACAGCUUCGUCACACCCUCUCUAAGUUCCUGCAGGAGCACCUAGCCCCCCAGGCCCAGGAGAUUGAUCGAAGCAAUGAAUUCAAGAACCUUCGAGAGUUUUGGAAACAGCUGGGGAAACUGGGAGUCCUGGGCAUCACAGCCCCUGCCCAGUACGGCGGCUCUGGCAUGGGCUACCUGGAGCAUGUGCUGGUGAUGGAGGAGAUAUCCCGGGCUUCUGGAGCCGUGGGACUCAGUUACGGCGCCCACUCCAACCUCUGCAUCAAUCAGAUUGUGCGCAAUGGAAACGAGGCCCAGAAGGAGAAGUACCUCCCCAAGCUGAUCAGUGGGGAGUACGUCGGCGCCCUGGCCAUGAGUGAGCCCAAUGCUGGCUCUGACGUUGUCUCCAUGAAGCUAAAAGCUGAAAAGAAAGGAGAUCACUACAUCCUGAAUGGCAACAAGUUCUGGAUCACCAAUGGCCCUGAUGCCGACGUCCUUGUUGUCUAUGCCAAGACAGACCUGGCUGCUGUGCCCGCUUCUCGGGGCAUCACAGCCUUCAUCGUGGAGAAGAGCAUGCCUGGCUUCAGCACCGCCAAGAAGCUGGACAAGCUGGGGAUGAGGGGUUCUAACACCUGUGAGCUCAUCUUUGAAGACUGCAAGGUUCCUGCUGAGAACAUCUUGGGCCAUCUAAGUAAGGGCGUCUACGUGCUGAUGAGUGGGCUGGACCUGGAGCGGCUGGUGCUGGCUGGUGGGCCCCUCGGGAUCAUGCAGGCCGUCCUGGACCACACCAUUCCCUACCUGCACGUGAGAGAAGCCUUUGGCCAGAAGAUCGGCCACUUCCAGCUGAUGCAGGGGAAGAUGGCCGACAUGUACACCCGCCUCAUGGCAUGUCGGCAGUAUGUCUACAACGUCGCCAAGGCCUGCGACGAGGGCCACUGCACCCCCAAGGACUGCGCGGGUGUGAUUCUUUACUCCGCUGAGUGUGCCACACAGGUGGCCCUGGAUGGCAUCCAGUGUUUCGGUGGCAACGGCUACAUCAAUGACUUUCCCAUGGGCCGCUUUCUGCGAGAUGCCAAGCUGUAUGAGAUCGGGGCCGGGACCAGUGAGGUGAGGCGGCUGGUCAUCGGCAGAGCCUUCAACACGGACUUCCACUAAAGCAGGACCUGCACCCUCUUCCCAGCACCUCGAGGCCUUUCUUUGGAAGUAGCGUUGCGGCAGUUCCCGUCCCCUGCCUGGGGCCGGUCCUCGGGCUUGGCUGCCCUUGCACUCGCCUGCUGGCCUCUGCACGAGGUUGUGUCCUCUUCAACGGCAGCCAAGCACUGUGGCCGCGGAGCCAGGCCAGCCGCCUAGGAAGUGUGCAGUGGCUUAAAAUGGGCUCCACAGGAAGCACAGUGGCUUUUCUGGGCUACG